AUGUCGUCCAUCCUGCCCUUCACGCCGCCCAUCGUCAAGCGGCUGCUGGGCUGGAAGAAAGGCGAGCAGAACGGGCAGGAGGAGAAGUGGUGCGAGAAGGCGGUCAAGAGCCUGGUGAAGAAGCUCAAGAAGACGGGGCAGCUGGACGAGCUGGAGAAGGCCAUCACCACGCAGAGCGCCACCACCAAGUGCAUCACCAUCCCCAGAUCGCUGGAUGGGCGGCUGCAGGUGUCCCACCGAAAGGGUCUCCCCCACGUCAUCUAUUGCCGGCUGUGGCGGUGGCCGGAUCUUCAUAGCCAUCACGAACUACGUGCCAUGGAGAUGUGUGAAUACGCGUUCAACAUGAAGAAGGAUGAAGUCUGCGUCAAUCCGUAUCACUAUCAAAGAGUGGAAACGCCAGUAUUACCUCCAGUAUUGGUUCCAAGGCAUGCAGAUAUCCCAGCUGAAUUCCCCCCGCUAGAUGACUACAGCCAUUCCAUUCCAGAGAACACGAACUUCCCAGCAGGCAUAGAGCCUCAGAGCAACUACAUUCCAGAGACACCCCCACCUGGCUAUCUGAGCGAGGAUGGAGAAACCAGUGACCCUCAGAUGAAUCAUAGUAUGGAUGCAGGUUCUCCAAAUUUAUCUCCAAAUCCAAUGUCCCCUGCACACAAUAAUCUGGACCUGCAACCUGUAACCUACUGUGAACCAGCGUUCUGGUGUUCCAUAUCCUACUAUGAGCUCAACCAGCGAGUUGGGGAGACGUUCCACGCUUCUCAGCCCUCGAUGACCGUGGACGGCUUCACCGACCCUUCCAACUCGGAGCGGUUCUGCCUUGGAUUGCUGUCAAACGUGAACCGCAAUGCAGCGGUGGAACUCACCAGGCGGCACAUUGGGAGAGGAGUGAGGCUAUACUACAUCGGAGGGGAGGUCUUUGCCGAGUGCCUUAGCGACAGCGCCAUUUUUGUCCAGUCUCCCAACUGCAACCAGCGCUACGGUUGGCAUCCAGCCACCGUGUGCAAGAUCCCACCAGGAUGCAACUUGAAGAUUUUUAACAACCAGGAAUUUGCUGCCCUUCUGGCCCAGUCUGUGAACCAGGGCUUCGAGGCAGUCUAUCAGCUGACCAGAAUGUGCACCAUCCGGAUGAGCUUCGUCAAGGGUUGGGGUGCUGAGUACAGGCGGCAGACCGUCACAAGUACUCCCUGCUGGAUUGAGCUUCACCUGAACGGCCCAUUGCAGUGGCUGGACAAAGUCCUCACGCAGAUGGGCUCCCCAAGCAUCCGUUGUUCCAGUGUGUCCUAAAGAGAGUGAAGCAGAAGCGAAGACUUGAAUGUAGGAUCGGUUUAGCUUCUGGCAAAGAACAAAAUCCGCCAGUCCCUUCCCUGAGAAUUCCCCUCUCUACCUGAAUAACUGGUCACAAUGAAAACGACCAUUUUGGCUUGUGGCCACACCUCUUCCCCGGCCCAAUCCUGCCUCGUGGCUGGUCCUUCCUUUCAGUGGAAGACUGUUCCGGCACCGUUGAAAUGAACGGAAACUUUGCAGUAGCAGCGUUUGACGGCUCUUGCCCGGAUCGAUGGCACUUCAGUCGUGGUCGUCGUUUGGACCAUUAUCGGAGGUGUUUUGACGCACCGCCUCCUCGGGCUUCCAGUUUAGUGGAGCAAAGCUUGUGUGGGAUGGUUUUCCUCGCCAAGGCUCUGCGCGUACGGCAGUUCGCAGGGUGGGAAAGGGCAAGGCGAAGGCCGCCCUCUCUUCUCCCCCCCACCCCCACUUCGUUCAAGAAGAUCCACCUGGUACCGGGUGGUGCAGCUCAGGAAGGACCGAGACAGCUUUUAACAUUCCUUUUUAAGUGUUUGCUUCUACGCCUGCAUUUCCUCCUGCUGGGCACGUCUCUGCGACACCAUUUGCAGGAAUGGUGGGGAAAGCCUUUUGCUUUACGAUCUGUAGCGACGGGUGCGGGAAGGAAGAGAGCUGGAAUUGAAUGAAGAAGCAUUGCCCCAAGAGCAGGAAUCUCUCACUCCUCGCAGCGUGGGAAGCAUGAAUUGUACUGUUGUCACAACAACCUCAGAGGUGAAGCACACAGCCCACCACCGCCACCACCUCUUCCCAUAUCAGUGCAUGUUUUAAUGUUGCUUCUUUCUCUUGUUUAGAGUUGCUUAUCACAGCAAGACCUUGCCACUUCCUGUGGAAAAGCUUGGCACAUGCCAAAUCUGGUGGUCCCUUUUGCAUUAAUUUUGCAUAUCUCCUGUGUUUCCCCUCCUGAUGCGCCAUCUUGACUUUGAGAGAUUGUUUUAAGGGUUCUGAAAAUUCACUGGUAGAGACCUUCAGGAAAGAGAGCUAGCCAGGCCUGCUUUUUUUUUAGGAAAGGGAGCUAGCCAGGCCUGCUUUCAAGGGCUGACAGCCAAAGGCUCAUCCUGAAGGACUGGAAAGAGAGAAGGACUGGAAAGAGGAAGGUUAAAAACAAAUUCAGCCAAUGGUGGGUCUUUGCAAUGGCUUUGUCAUCUCCUUGGUCACUGGACCAAGAUACCGUCAGUGAUUGGUAAGAAAUGCAUGUUUGACCACCCUGUAGUUCCAAGAUUACUUAACUGACCAUACAUUUUUCGUUCUCAGUGAUUCAUGAACUGUAAACAGAUUCACUGUUGCUGCCUUGUUAGACUGGUAGGUGUGUGUGUGUGUAUUGGCCAGUAUUCUUGAUUGUGAGGACAAAAACUGUGUGUGACUUCCUUGAUCGAAUCCAGAAAUGAGAUCACCCGUGCCCAGCCAGAACCUGCGACAGGCACUUGCGAUUUAAGAGCCCGCAUAUUCCCAUUUCGAGGAGACUUCCAAGAUUUCUAGGAGAUUCUCCCCCUGCUACCAGCCCGGAGUGGCAGAUCUCUUCAGCGCUGCAGCUGGGAAUCACUCGACUGUUACCUUGGCUCUGGGUGUGAACCGAUGCUUAAUAAGGGUACCUGCCUAAAAUAGUUUCGAGGUCGUCAUUUGAGACACCUUGUGGCCAAAAGGGGCUGUUUUAAAAUGUGUUAAAUGGAUUCUGUGCCUAUGCAAUAUGAUACCAUUUCAGUUAUA